GCUGCCAGACCGUUGAAAAUAAAUAAUAACAAAUAGUUUAUAAAAUCAAUGGACGACGUCGAGCUGAUCAAACUGAUUGAGAACCACCCAAUCCUGUACGACAAGGACAGUGCACGGAGUGUUAAGAAUGCGGCACAGAAGGAUGCGGCCUGGAAGGCCAUAUCCCAGAAGUUGGGAGCCUCCGAAAGAGCAUGCAUCACGCGCUGGAAGAGCAUUCGCGAUCGUUUCGGCAAAGAAUUCCGUCGCUUUCAGGAGCGACCCGAUGAGCCCACCUACUGGGACAUGUUCCCGCGUCUGCUCUUCCUCAAGGAUCACUACAAACAGGGUUUGGCCAGGAACGAAAGUCUCGACGGGAUGCGCUUUGAGCCAAGGGAACGAAAGAAGCGGCCAAAAGUGGACAUGGAUCAGGAGAAACGGCGGAAGGAAGAGGAGGAGGACGACUGCCAGGAUGACUUGCUGAGCGAGCAACUCAUAGAGCUGGUCAAAAUGCACCCAGUGCUCUAUGACCGCCACAAAAUAAGAGUCUCCAAAAACCUGGCUGCCAAAAACGAAGCCUGGCGAGAGAUCUCCGAGAAUCUGAACGUAUCGGAGGAACUGUGCUACAACCGCUGGAAGAAGCUCCGCGAUCGCUUCGCCCGGGAAUACCGCAGUCAGCAGAUCAACCAGGCAACGCCGAUCACAUGGCGGUACUUUAAUGAGCUCCUCUUCCUGGGUCGCCACUUUCGCAAGGGUGUUCCCCUGGUUCUGGAGAACAUUAAACGUCGGGGACGGCCACCCAAGUCGGGUAAUCCCGCCGGAAAUUCUGGGAAGCAACAGGAGGGUAUAGUCGUUGCCAGUGGCGAGCAAAUCUGGGGCGCUGACUAUCCCUACAGUACGGAUAAUGACGAACUGGAGGAUGAACUGGAGUUGGCCUACGAUGAAGAGAUUGAAAUCCUAUCGGAGGCAGAGCAGACAACCCCCUAUGGCUUUAUUUUCAGCGCGGCAACGCCGUCGCAGGAUUUGGAUCCACCGCAGCAACUUCAGGUGACCACCACUACGCCUGCCAUGAGUGAAGAGGUUAUCCACACCAUUGACCGAGCUAAUCCAGUCGUGGAGGAGUUGUCAGCUGUAGCUGAGGACUCCACACCAGCAGCCGCAACGUCCGACAAACUUUUAACCACCGUGAUAGCCAACAUGGAGACCGUGCUGCAACAAUCGCGGGAGCUACAAGCCCAAAUCCAGCACGAGCAGCAGGAACAGGAGCGGGAACAUCGGAGUACGACGCCGGCAAAUAGCUUACUGGCCAAGGCUCAGAUGCUGCUGGACGGCCUGAGUCCUUUGGAGCGGGCAAAUGCCGAGCGGAAGAUCGUGCAGUUUCUAUGCCAGUGCCAAAUUAAAGCCCUGGACGGAGAGGAAAUCGAGGAUGUGGCACCCUGUCAGGUCUUUAACUGAUACAAGUGGUUUUCAAGGAUUCCUAUCGUAUUAGUUGUAAAUAAAUUUUUUUACCUGUGUGUAGGUUAGCUAAACAAUAUACUUAAAAUAUUUAUAAAUAUAGUUGA